CUGAUCAGAGAUUGGGUCAUACAAUGUCUGUUUUGUAUUUUUUUGUCAGAUUCUCUGUUUAUUAUUCUGAAGUUGGCUGUUUCUUCUUAAGUUGGCUGGUUUAUUCACUGCUGAGAUAGAGAGACAGUCCGUAAUUGGCUAGUAAGGGAUUAGGUUCUUGAACCUGUCUCUACUUCUAGUGGAUUCAGAUACAUUCUUUCAACUCAACAAUUUUCUUUCUCUUUCCUCUUCCAGACCACAACACUAUAUGAAAUUUAAAUUAGCCUGACUUUCCUGUCCCAAUGUCUGAAGCCAGUGCCAAGCAGUACUUCACUGUAGAGGGGAGCGAGAUGGAUCGGGAGAGGAACCUAUUCCAGAUAGAAGAGAACGGUGGUUCCCCAUGUGAACCAGUGUCCCAACUGCACUGCAUGUCUGGUUUCGGGGAAGACGGUGGGGCUGAAGUAGAACCUGAGCUGGGAUUGGCUUCUGAGGGGAGUGACAGCAGCCAAGACCAACCAGCCUCUCCCAGCCUGCCCCAUGAUGACAGGAAGCGACCACACCCAGCGCUGCACGAGGAUGUCGAGAUGACUGGCUGUGGGUCUGGGAGCGGGACAGAAUCCCACGGAAAUGAGUCCCAUGGCAACGAGUCCCAUGGAAACGUGUCGCUGGGUAGCUUCAACGGCAACAGCUGCUCUGCCAAAGAUUCUGCCCUGCUGGAGUCAUCUGGGAGCAACAAGAGAAAUCGAGACUCAUCAGACCAGGCAACAUUCUUCCAGUCUUCAACUGUCCAAUUUUGUUCAAACACUCACAGCCCCUCACCUCCAAGCAGCUCUAUUGCCUUCAGCCUGGUGAGCUCAGAGCAGGACAACCCAUCUACCAGCGGCUGCAGUAGCGAACAGUCGGCCAAAGCCAAGACACAGAAAGAACUCUGCAAAACAUUGAAGGAGUUGAAGAUGCACCCGCCGUCAGACAAGAGGUGCAAGGGCAAGGCCAGCACACUCCACACACUGACGUAUGCCCUGCGCUGCGUCAAACAGGUCCAAGCCAGUGAAGAGUACUACCGGAUGUUGAUGAUCAAAGACCGUCAGCCACCAGGCCUGGAAAUGUCCUCAUACACUGUAGAAGAGAUCAGCAGCAUCACUUCAGAGUACACCAACAAGAACACAGACAUGUUUGCCGUGACUGUGUCUCUCAUCACGGGGAGGAUUGUUUACAUCUCGGACCAGGCGACGACCAUCUUGCACUGCCAUCGGGAUCGCUUCAGCAAUGCGAAGUUCGUAGAGUUCCUGACCCCCCAGGAUGUCAGUGUGUUCUACAGCUUCACAGCGCCCUACCGCCUGCCCUCUUGGAGCAUGUGCACUGGAUCUGAAUCGUCUCCCUCAGAGUGCAUGCAGGAGAAAUCAUUCUUCUGCCGCAUCAGCGGUGGAAAGGAGAGAGAGGGGAGCCUGCAGUACUACCCGUUCCGUAUGACCCCCUACCUGAUGAAGGUCCAGGGCGCUGAGCUGUCUGAGGAACAAUUCUGCUGCCUCCUACUGGCUGAAAGGGUACACUCUGGCUACGAUGCCCCUAGGAUCCCUUCUGACAAACGCAUCUUUACCACGACACACACUCCCAGCUGUCUGUUUCAGGAGGUGGACGAGAGGGCUGUUCCAUUGUUGGGAUACCUCCCCCAGGAUUUAAAGGGAACCCCGGUUCUGUUGCACCUGCAUCCCAGUGACCGGCCUCUCAUGUUGGCUGUCCACCGCAAGAUUCUUCAGAGCGUAGGCCAGCCGUUUGACCACUCAAUACGCUUCUGUGCACGAAACGGAGAAUACAUCACAAUAGAUACCAGCUGGUCCAGUUUCGUCAACCCCUGGAGCCGAAAGGUCUCCUUCGUUAUCGGCAGGCACAAAGUCCGCAUGGGUCCGGUAAAUGAAGACGUGUUUGCAGUUCCUGCCUUUACAAAUGAGAAGCUUGUGGACCCUGACACCCGGGAGAUCACAGAGCAGAUCCACAGAACGUUGCUGCAGCCGGUCCACAACAUGGGCUCCAGUGGUUACGGUAGCCAUGGCAGCAAUGCUUCCCAUGAGCCUCUGCGCAGUGUGGCGUCGCCGAGCGAGAGCAACAGCAACGGAAAUGUGGCUGAAGAGUCGGGGAAAUCCAAGCCGAGGACAUUCCAGGAGAUCUGUAAAGGGGUCCACAUGUUAAAGAAUCAGGAGCAGCAGGUCUACCAGCUCCCUUCUUCCAAACUUGAAUCGACGAGGACCACUGAGACAGGAGCUCAGCAGCAGGAGAGUCUAGCAGUGCGUGUGAAGGAGUCUGCUGUACCUCCUCUGUCGGUCAAGGACAGCGCAGCUCCUGGUGAUGUCAUAGAGGAGCUCAUCUGUAAAGACCAGACUGUCUAUUCAUAUCAGCAGAUCAGCUGUCUGGACGGUGUCGUCCGAUAUCUGGAGAGCUGUAACGUUCCAAUCACGGUAAAGAGGAGAUACCAGUUGUCCUCCAACACCACAUCGUCCAACUCCGAUGAGGACAAGAAGGGCUCUGAGAGGAGCUUGCAAGUCUCACAAGAUCCAGGUCUGCCUACGAAGGCUCUUAAGAAGCGUCCCUCUGGCGCCGCCCCGGUGGUGGGAGGGCACAUGUCACCACUGGCACCGCCCAACAAAGCAGACAGUGUGGUGUCCAUCACCAGCCAGUGUAGCUACAGCAGCACCAUUGUCCACGUAGGAGACAAGAAACCCCAGCCAGAUUCUGAGAUCACUGAGGACGUAGCUGAGAGUCCCGCCCCCCCAAUGCUGCCUGUCUGCGUGGUCUCCCCGCCCAGCCAAGAGAAGGAAGCUUAUAAGAGGCUGGGUCUGACCAAGCAUGUACUGGCAGCACACACCCAGAAGGAAGAGCAAGCCUUUCUCACCCGCUGCAAGGACCUCAAAAAUGCUAGAACCUUCCAGAAACACUGCAGCAACUAUCUGCACAGACAGAGAGUUUCGUCAAACACUCUCGAUGUGGCAGAUACCCUGGGCGUUACUGAACAGAACGUGGCCCGGCCUGAAAUCUCCACCGCUGCAGCCAAGAAGGGCAGCCGCAACAAGAAGUCCAAGAAGCCCCGCAUGAAGCGGCCCGAUUCGUCAGACAGCGCUGUCUCUCACCGCAUGCCCCUCCCUCCCCUGCAGGGACUAAACCAGACUUCCUGGUCCCCCUCUGAAGCCUCCCAGUCCCAGGCCUUUCCUAUACCCUACCCAGCCAUAGUGCCAGGGUACCCCCUUCCAGUUUACCCUGCUGGCCCUGCCACCCCUGAUCAGCCCACUUGCCCUGACCCCUCCCUCUCCGCUGGCUUUGGGGAGGGCCAGAGCAGCUUGGCUCCGCCCACUGCGGCGCCAUACCCUGCCUCCCUCAUGACCCCUGUGGUGGCUUUGGUUGUACCCAACUACCUGUUCCCUCAGAUUGGACCCAUUGGUCAAAUUGCUACAGCACCCGGACCUUCCUUCUUCCCUGAGCAGCCUGCCUACCAACCCCAAACCAGCUACCCUGCCCAGCAGCCCUUUCAAACAGCCUACACCUCCCAGCAGCCAUUCUCAAGAACGCCUUCUCAGACAACCUUCAACCCGCAGCAGGCCUUCCAAGUCCCCCAGCCUUCCUAUGCUACCCAGCAGCCCUCCCAAACCACCUACACUACCCAGCAGCCCUCCCAAACCACCUACACUACCCAGCAGCCCUCCCAAACCACCUACACUACCCAGCAGCCCUCCCAAGCCACCUACACUACCCAGCAGCCCUCCCAAACCACCUACACUACCCAGCAGCCCUCCCAAGCCACCUACACUACCCAGCAGCCCUCCCAAGCCACCUACACUACCCAGCAGCCCUCCCAAACCACCUACACUACCCAGCAGCCCUCCCAAACCACCUACACUACCCAGCAGCCUUUCCCAGCACAGAUGGCUUACACUGCCCAACCGGUCUUUCCCUCCCAGCCCUCGUUCCCGGUGCAAGCUCAGUUUGUGCCCCAGGUUUCCUACCCCACACAGGCCUUCCCCUUUGGCCUUCCUUCUGAGUCCCCCAAGUCUCCGGCCCCAAGUCCAGCGUCUCACUGCUCCACCCCUGCCUCCACGGCCCGGGAACCGGCUUCAUCCCCGCCGCUGUUUGAGUCACGCUGCAGCUCCCCCCUGCAACUCAACCUGCUGCAGUUGGAUGACAGCCGCUCUGCAGUCGGGCAGGACAGCGUGGCGCCCCCUAGUGGAGCUCCAGGGAGCAGUACAGCGGCAGAUAAGAGUCUAGCUGCUCAGUCUGAGGAGGACCUACUGCAGGUGGAGCGUCCAGGUGAUGCGCACAGUGACGGUCACUCCUCAUCCAGUGACUUACUGGACAUGGUUCUGCAUGAUGAGACCGACUCCACCUUCGGUUCUGGCUCCGGAUCUGGGUGUAAAUCUGGAUCCGGGUCCAAUGACACAGGGACAUCCAGUGGUGCUUCUGGCAGCAGGAAUGGGGGCUAUAACACCAGCAGGUACUUCGGCAGUGUGGACUCAUUGGAGAAGGUCCCAAAAGCCACAGUUGUGGGUAAGACCAGAGUGAGGGAUGAGACUAAGCCCGGCCAGAACCAGGGGGAUGGGGAACACUUAGGGUAUGUUCCCCAGGAACCCUUCUGGAUGCCAGUGGCCAACGCCAGUGAUGACAACAUCAUGAUGAACUAUGAGGUGCCCUCACGGGAUAUCCAGAACGUGUUGAGACAAGACAAGGAGAGGCUGAGACAGAUGCAGAAGUGUCAGCCACAUUUCUCCUCUGUCCAGCGUAGGGAGCUUGUAGAGGUACAUCCCUGGAUGAAGAGAGGGAUCCUGCCCAAGACCAUCAACGUCAAGGAGUGUUUGUACUGUGAGGAUGCAGCUUCUGCCGCCAUAGAAGAGGACCAUCCUAACAUGGAGGAAGAGGAGAGUGUCUUGCCCCUCCCACAUUGAACCAGACCACCACUAAGAACAGAUAAUACUUGCUGCCCUGCCACAGACCGUCACCCUUCACAGAGAACACGCCAUCUCUAAAUAGGAUCCAUAGGGACAGAUCCUAUAUGACCAAGUGUGUGUCACCAUGUCCACCACAGUCUACCUAACGUGAUCGGCUGACAACUUCAUUUUAAGUUGUACCGCUGUCCAGCACCACAUGGUCAUGUUCUCACUGCCGUCUGCCAGCACCCAUCAGACAACAACAACAGUGAUAAUCAAGUUCAUGUCCAAAACAUCUCUCUGAUCCAUUUGCCUUAAAUGUUACCCAUAUUCCUAAUAAGUGUGUGUGUGUGUGUGUGUGUGUGUGUGUGUGUGUAUACACACACACUGAUGAGCCUUACACAAGGGUGGCCAUAGAUUAGAGGCCUGGGUUGAUUGGAUGACUUUUACAAAGGCCAAAUUGUUACGGCCAGACAACUGGGUCAUCUCUGAGACGGCAUGACUUGUGGGGUGCUCCCGGCCAGCAGUAGUGAGUACCUCCUGACAGUGGUCUGAGGAGGGACAAACCACACACACUGGCGACAGGGUGUUGGGCACCCAAGGCUCAUCGAUGCAUGAGGGCAAUGAUGGCUAUCCCGUCUGGUCCAGACUGACAGGUCUACUGAGGCGCAAGUCACAGAACAUGUUAAUGACGGUUAUGGGAGGAAUGUGUGACAACACGCAGUGCAUCACACCCUCCAGGAUAUGGGGCUGUGCAGCCGCAGACCGGUCAGAGUGCCCAUGAUGACUUCUGCCCCCGUCAAACGCACCUACAAUGGGCACACAAGCGUUGGAACUGGACCUCGAAGUAGUGGAAGAAGGUUGUCUGGUCACAUGAGUCCUGUUUUGUUUUCCGUCACAUGUAUGGAAUUGUUCGUGAAUGGUUUGAGCAACAUGAGGAUGGCUUCAUGGUGUUGCCCUGGCAUCCAAAUUCCCCAGAUCUCAGUCCAAUUGAGCAUCUGUGGGAUGUGCUGGACCAACAUGUCUGAUCCACAGCGCC